AUGUGGAUUAAAUUCUGCAUCUCCCUUUUCAUAACAGGAUUAAUUCAUCAAGUCAAAUGUAUAGAUACACCAUACUCGGAUAUGUACCUUCCAGAUGGAACCAAUGGCUUUUUAUGUGAAACUGAAUUUUUAUCUAUCGAGUAUGCAAGGCAAGAAAAAUAUGAAGCGAUGGAAUCAUUUUUCUAUGAAAGACGUUUCCAAACAUUCCCGAAAUUAUUCGAAGAUACACAUCUAUUUAAUGUGAAAACAGACAUUCUUCUCUCAUGGCCUGUUAAGCCCAGUGGGAAAAUUUAUAUCAAGGAUCCAGGUAAAUUCCGCAUCAUCAUCAAUAUCAGGGGUCAAAUUAUGGGUAUGGUAGUUAUAGUCCACGAUGAUGACAAGAACAAAGUCAGUUUCGAGAAAUGUAAACCAGUACGCAGUUCAGUUGCUGAGGAAGACUUCACGAGUAGUCUUUUGGAUGAAUAUUGGAGUCUAGCUUAUCCCACAAACGGGUUUCGCUGUGGCUCAAAAUAUUUUCCACUUUCCAUAGUUAAGAGUGGAAAUGAUCCAAACUCAGAUUAUUAUUUCAAAAAUGCACUGGCCGCCAAAUCUCGGAGAGCCUACUUUGGGAAAUAUAGUGGCGAUCAAUUCAUCGGAAGUGAUCUUCGUACUUAUCCCCUGCAUCAUAGUUCAACGAGCGAACAAAUUUGUGGCCCACAUGGUCGAUUUCGUGCUGUUUUUGACAUGACGAAUCGUGAAUUCAAGGGGAUAAUCGACGUAAAAGCUAAGGAUGUGAAAUGUGUCUGUUUGGGAUCUACCAUCGGCUUCACCCGAUACAAUUUACAGCCCAUCUUCUAUCUUAAACAUGGAGAGAACACCAAAUAUGUAUUGGCCCAAGACUUGCGUUGGACAUAG